AUGCGUCCCGGGGCGCCCCGGCCGCUGUGGCCGCUGCCCUGGGGGGCCCUGGCCUGGGCCGUGGGCUUCGUGGGCGCUGUGGGCUCGGGGGACCCCGCGCCCGGUGGUGUGUGCUGGCUCCAGCAGGGCCGGGAGGCCACCUGCAGCCUGGUCCUGAAGACGGAUGUCAGCCAGGCUGAGUGCUGUGCCUCCGGCAACAUCGACACCGCCUGGUCCAACUUCACCCACCCGGGGAACAAGAUCAGCCUCCUGGGCUUCCUGGGCCUUGUCCACUGCCUGCCCUGCAAAGAUUCCUGCGAGGGCGUGGAGUGCGGCCCGGGCAAGGCGUGCCGCAUGCUGGGGGGCCGCCCGCGCUGCGAGUGCGCGCCCGACUGCGCGGGGCUCCCGGCGCGCCUGCAGGUCUGCGGCUCGGACGGCGCCACCUACCGCGACGAGUGCGAGCUGCGCGCCGCGCGCUGCCGCGGCCACCCGGACCUGCGCGUCAUGUACCGGGGCCGCUGCCGCAAGUCGUGCGCGCACGUGGUGUGCCCGCGGCCGCAGUCGUGCGUGGUGGACCAGACGGGCAGCGCGCACUGCGUGGUGUGUCGCGCGGCGCCCUGCCCCACGCCCUCCAGCCCCGGCCAGGAGCUCUGCGGCAACAACAACGUCACCUACAUGUCCUCGUGCCACCUCCGCCAGGCCACCUGCUUCCUGGGCCGCUCCAUCGGCGUGCGCCACCCGGGCAGCUGCACAGGCACCCCCGAGCCGUCAGAUGCUGAGUCGGAGCAGGAGGAGGACGAGGAGGAGGAGGAGGAGGCAGAAGAGGAGAACUUCGUGGUCCUGGUGGCAGAGACCACGUCCCAGCAGGAACGACUCCAGGCCAUCGCAGAGAAGCGGAAGAGGCAGGCGGAGAUGGAGAACAAGCGGCGGCAGCUGGAGGAUGCCCGGCGGCAGCUGCAGCACCUGAAGUCCAAGGCGCUGCGGGAGCGCUGGCUGCUGGAGGGGACGCCGUCCUCGGCGUCGGAGGGGGACGAGGCUCUGCGGAGGCAGAUGCAGGAGGAUGAGCAGAGAACACGGCUCCUGGAGGAGUCCGUCUCCAGGCUGGAGAAGGAGAUCGAGGCACUAGAGAACGCAGACACGCUCCCGACAGCCGCCCGGGAGAACGCGGCGGCCCCAAGCCCGGCCCCAGAGGAGGGGAAGGCGGAGGUGAUGGUGAAUUCCCAGCAGACCCCGGUGGGCACGCCCAAAGAGAAGCGCAUCUCCCACACGCCCGUGAGGACACUCGAAGGCUCCACCAUGAUGAAGGCAGCCAUGUACUCCGUGGAGAUCACGGUGGAGAAGGACAAGGUGACAGGGGAGACCCGAGUGCUGUCCAGCACCACCUCGCUCCCCCGGGAGCUGCUCCCCCAGGGCAUCAAGGUGUACGAGGACGAGACCAAAGUGGUCCAUGCCGUGGACGGCACUGCCAUGAAUGGGAUCCACCCGCUGAGCUCCUCCGAGGUGGACGAACUCAUCCACAAGGCAGACGAGGUCACGCUGAGUGAGGCAGGGUCUACAGCUGGGGCAGCAGAAACCCAGGGGGUUUCAGAGGAGGCCGUGCGGACCACGCCCUCCAGGCGGGAGAUCACCGGAGUGCAGGCGCAGCCAGGCGAGGCCACCUCGGGCCCCCCAGGCAUCCAGCCUGGCCAGGAGCCCCCCGUGACCAUGAUCUUCAUGGGCUACCAGAACGUGGAGGACGAGGCUGAGACCCAGAAGGUGUUGGGGCUACAGGACACCAUCACAGCGGAGCUGGUGGUCAUCGAGGAUGCAGCCGAGCCCAAGGAGCCUGCCCCGCCCAACGGCAGCGCCGCCGAGCCCCCGGCCACCGCGGGCUCCAGGGAAGAGAAUCAGGUGGGGCCCGAGGCCCCCACCAGUGGCUCCCAGGACCUCGACAUGAAGAAGCAGCGUUGUAAAUGCUGCUCCAUCAUGUGAGCCGCCCGGCCCCCAGACCCCGGCCCCAUCCUCAGUACCAGACACCCACGCCCAGCCCCCGGCGCCCGCCCACCCUCCACCCACAGCCACGGGCCCCUGGACACGCCGUGUUGUCACAUGUUCCUUCCGAAUCUUCUCUCACUGGAAAGAGAGGGACGGGGUCCCCCACCCCAUCAGCACCCCCGACAAGCCCCAAACCACUGAGCCGUGCACCUGGUCGGAGAGACACACGACAGACCCAUUCUACCCGAAUCGAGGAUCCCCCGUGUCGCAGCAGCUCCACAGACGCGGCCCCACCCACAGCGCCCCGGCUGGUGUGACUCGGGCUCGGGGCAGCCCCAGGCCAGCCCACCACCCUCUGGGCCUCCUGCCUGUGCCUUCCUGCCACCUCCAAUGAGGUCCCCGAGGGGAUGUCCUGUCAGAGAGAGACCCGGGAGCCACUGGGUCCGGGGGACCUGCUCUGUCCCCGCCCGCCCCUGGAAGCUGAUUCCUCAAGGUUUCCCAGCCGAAGUGCUGGCAUCUGGGUCUCGGGCAGCGGGGUGAGGCUGUGUCUCUUGGGGGGACCUCAGUCGAGGUCUUGGAUUGAGCUUGGGCCCCUCUGGACACCUCCAGCCCAAUGGGUCCCACCCCGCAUGCCCUCUCUGGGUGGAACCUGGGACAGGGGGAGCCCUGGGGAUACGCCCCCUACCGGGGAGGGGUUUUGAACACUGCACUGUCUUCUGGAUGGGGCAGACGGGGGUCUCAGAGCUGCCCCUGCACAAGGCAGGGCCACGUGAGCCCCUUCUGGUUCUGAGCUCUUGCCCCCACUGGGCCCUCCUUCCUCCUGGUGCUAAUUGGGGACCCUGAGGGGCUGCCCCCAGCCACCUCUCCAGCCUGCUGGGUCCAGGAUCCUGGGUCCCCCCCACCACACCCCAGAGAUCCGGCCCACCGCCGGCUCUGCAGGGCGUGUCAUGUCUGGGCAGCAGAGGGGGACACACAGCCCGGGCUGGGGAGCUUUUCCAGGGUUGAAGCCAGAAGACCCCCAUUGGCACCCAGCCCAACGUGAGCCUGCCCCCCUCUUGCUAGGAGAGGUGAGGGGUGGGGUGCUGCCCUCUUGGGGGCGGCCAACACCCAGACGUGCACUCACAUCCCCUGGGUGCAGCCACACUCGUCCCCAGAGGCACAUUCGCGCACGUGCUCACAGACCCUCUAACAGGCAGGAGGAGGACAACCAGGCCCAAUCUCGGCCCCUCCCCAGGGGCCUCCCGCCUGGUGCCCAGGCCACCCCCACCUCAGCGGGGCAGGUCCAGGGGCCACCUCGGACCACAGCCUGGGUCCCCAUCCCAGCUCUGCCCCUCAGUGGCUGGGAGGAGAGGCCCUCCCCGAGGUGACCCUGGGCAGUGGCCGUGGAGCCCCCUCUCCAUCCUCGAGUCCCCUGAGUCCUCGAGCUGUGAGCCACCGCCGCCCCCUCUGCUUUCGAUGUGUGACGAGGCCCCGAUGUUCUUGACUUUCCCGGAGAAGCAAAUAAACAGUGUGAAC